AUGACACUUUUUCACCCAGAAACCCUAUAUCUUUAUCUUGGUGAACAAGGUUCAUGGAGUGGUCCACCAACAUUCAAUGGUGGUGGACAAGGUACAAUAGGUGUAUCCGACCGAAGUUAUUAUGUAUCUGGUGGUUCUGGAGGCGGUGCCUCUGACUUACGUCUCAUGAGUGGUCCUUGGGAUGAUUCUGAAAGUCUUAAAUCUCGAGUCAUGAUUUCAGCUGGGGGAGCCGGAUCAGCCUAUUAUAGAGAGUGUGGAGGCUUCAUUCAAGGAGGACAUGGUGGUGAUUUAAUUGGUUCAGAUGGAACUAUUUGCACUCUUGCGUUCGCUGCAACAAUUACCAAGGCUAUUGGUGCAAAACAAGAUUUAUAUGGAAUUGGUGCAAGUUCUUGGGGAAUCAAUGGGAGUUUUGGAAUUGGUGGAAACUGUGGUAACCACUAUCAUGGUAGUGGUGGAAGUGGAGGAUAUUAUGGAGGUGGGAGCGGAGGUGCUGUUAAUGCACGUGUUGCAAGUGGGUCAGGAGGUUCUUCGUAUAUAAGUGGUCAUGAAAAUUGUAAAGCGAUAAGUAAAGAUUAUAAUGAAACGAAUAUGAAACAUCUCGAUACAUCUGUCCAUUUCUCUGGUUUCAAGUUUUAUUCGACAACACUUCUGAAUGGUAAUUCGAGAAUUCCUGGAUUCACAUCGAAUACAUUCGAAAACGGUCACAAUGGAUAUGGCCAAGCUCGAAUAACUGUUCUUGAAACUAUGAAUCCUAUAUCGAAAUGCUUUUGUUCUUAUAUAAAAUUUUCUUACAUAUUAUUAUUCACUGAUAUUGAACUUUCUGAAGAACUAAUAUUUAUAUUUCAAUAUUGUUAA